AUGACGACUUUUUCGAUUUUGGGAUAUAUCUUCUUCCUUUUGAUAACACCGAUACUCUAUUUCAUUGGUUUAUUCAAUGCAAAGAAGUUUCCGGAUCCAAGGAGUAUCUUAAUUACCGGUGCGUCCAGUGGCAUCGGUAAAACCUUGGCUAUAAACUACGCGGCUAAAGGAAAAGUAUUGUUUCUAACUGGAAGAAAUAAAGAGCGUCUCGAGGAGGUUGUCUCAUUGUGUCAGAGGAAAGGUGCCAGAGUCGAAUAUACCACUAUCGAUGUGACGGAUCGCGAGAUUUCCGAGUGGAUCGUCGAUUCCGACCGGAAGUCACCGAUCGACUUGGUCAUUGCCAACGCCGGAGUAACCGAACUCGUACUUCCCGAAACAAUGACGUACGAAGAGAAACUCCACAGAGUCAACGAUGUCAAUGUCAAUGGUGUUUUGAAUACUGUGAUGCCUCUGAUACCGGCAUUCAGGGAGCGUUCCACCGGCCAGAUUGUGGUGACUGGCAGUAUAUCCUACCAGGUUCCUUUGGCGUGCCCCAUCUAUUGUGCCACCAAGAGUUGGGUUCAAUGCUGGUGUACUUCACUGCGCCAGGAACUCUUGCCGUAUGGCAUCGGUGUCACUGUUUUGGUGCCUGCAUUCGUGAGGACGCCAAUGUCAGAGGCGGUGCCAAUUGCCAACAAACCAUUCGAAAAGACCACCGAUGAAAGUGUCAAGAUUUUCAUGAGAGACAUAAGCAGCAACAAAGCAUUUUCAUGCGACAAUAACGCCGUUCUAUAUCUUUCAAGUCUCUUCAAAGUAUCACCAAAUCUCAGAGAUGGAUGGACAUUCAUUCAAAACAAAAUAUAUCCAGAAGGCAAUAUGGAUACCUACGAUUAUACAUCUAAAAAGAAGAAUCAAUAA